AUGUCGCAGCAAGCUUCGCUCCAGUCCUUUUUUACCCAGUCUUCCCAGCAAGGGACAGCCCCCCCGCAGAACAGGAACACUCCGGUUCCUGACCUAACCCCAUCCGGAGCCCAGGAACAGGAAUUCUCCUCGACCUUUGCAACAGAAUCCAACUACAACGACCCAUACCAACCGAGAAUUGAUUACCUCUACCCGAGCGUUGUCCCUCAGGACACUCACACCCAGACGGACCUGAACUAUAUUACCUGGGCCAUCAGACAUGCCACCAGCCGGAUCUGCCCACACUCCGACAGGAUUGAAAUCCUCGAAGAGCAAACGACUACACUCCGGAGAACAGUGGAUACACUGAAACACCAAAUCGAGGCGCAGACAAACAUGAUCACCAAUAUGCAUUCAGCGAUCCACGCGCUCCUCAGCAAACAACCACAACCGCAGCAACCGCAGCAACCGCGACAACAGCAACAACAGCAACAACAGCAGAACCACAACAACCCGCCACAGGCAGCUCCUCAGGCCCCCCCACCCGCACCCCCCCAACAAGCCCCACCCCGUGGAUGGAAGGCAGGCACCUGGGCCGCCGUAGCCUCGGCACCCGGUCCUGCCCUAGGAAACUUCCAGGUUGUCGAGAGAAGAAAGAAGUCCGCAAAGCCAAAAGCGGACCCUCUCUUCAAACCAGAAUAUACCAAAAUCAACAGAGAAAUCAUUGUUGAAACCACCGCCCCAUCCGAUGUCAAUCCCUCUGAAAUUAGGACCCUAGUCAAUGCAAGAAUCCAAGACGAGUCCUGCCAUUUCAUCUCAGCAAGAAGAACACUCAAGGACAACUUUAUCUUGGAAACAAAAUUUGUUACCCCAGCAACAAAGGCAAUGGAAUACGCCAAAGAAAUUGAGGAGGCUCUCCUCACCCUACAAGUACCGGUCGCCAUCAUCCGCGCAAACUCCAAAUGGUCAAAGUUCCUUAUCCACGGAAGCCCCACUACGAUCGGAGAAGGCGUCGAGGCAGGACAAUUGGUAGCAUCCGAAAUCAGAAGCAACUAUGGAGAGAACUUCCAACUUGCCCAGGUUCCCCGCUGGAUCUCCAGAGCAGAGACUCGAAUGGACAAAACGCACUCAUCAAUGGUCAUCGCGCUCCCAGGACAAGUUACAAUGGAAACACUAGGAGUUAAGUUCCUAUCCCUCUUUAACCGAAGCUGCCACAUCGAGGCCUUCCUCCCAACCUUCCCAGACACCCAGUGCGGGAAGUGCCUUGAAUACAGCCACCACCAGGAGAAAUGUAAGAACAAUGGGAAAUGCAGCCACUGCGCCGGAGAUCACCUCACCAGUUUCCACCCAUGUAAUGAAUGCCAGGGAGGAUAUAGAUGCACCCACACCCCAAUCAGAUGCCUGAACUGUAAAGGAGCUCAUAAGGCCUCCGACCCAGCAUGCCCCGAGAGGGCCAAAUGCCGAUUCCUCAAAGGGAAGGAAAACGCCCCACCCGCUCAAGACCCACCGGCCGCACCCGUCCAAGAGCCCCGAACCACCGCGCUCGCAUACCAACUCAAUUGUGCACGGAGCGAACUUAUUACCAAGGCGGCGGUAGAGGAAGCGGAAACAGACUCUAGUAUUUAUUUCCUAUUAUUACAAGAACCAUGGACCUCAGCAGAGGGAUACCCACCAGAAUCAAAUCUCUUUUAUAUUUUUACAGCCAGCAACACCAACACAAAAUGCGCAACAUAUGUCCGCAAACAUGCCAACCUCAAACCAAAACACCACUACACACACGACAACUUUAUAGUGUCGAUUACGGUGGAAAUCCAGAACAAGAAAACCCAAAUCCUAAACAUAUACUCCCCAGGUCGAAGUGGCCCCUUCGCCCAAAUAACAAAAACAAUCCAAACCCUCGACAAUUGCCUAGUAAUGGGAGAUUUCAACUGCCACCAUCAAAUGUGGUACGGAGUAACCUCACAUGAAUACAGGAACAACAUUCGAGCAGACCGCGUUAACGGCGCUCGGCUAAAGCAAUGGAUAACCCGACAGAAACUGACCCUCCUGAAUGAACCAGGAGUCUACACGCACUUCCCUAGAGACAGAGGGAAAAGGCCUACAAUCAUCGACCUUGCAUUUGUAAAAGGCCCAACACUUGACCACAACCUACGAUGGAGCACUGAACCCUAUGGAGCGGGCUCAGACCACGGGAGAACCUCUGUCCAUCUACAUUUGGAAAAACCACCCUGUGUACCAAGACGAAUGUGGCAACAAACAGACUGGAAGCUAUUGGACAACCACAUAUCAAAUCUUUCCCUCCCUGCAGAAGCAUGGGAAACCAAGGAUCACACGGAACAAACGGUCGAAUUCUUCCUAGAACUGGUCGAGUCAACAAUCAAUAUAGUAACGCCACUCUCGAAGGAGGGUGUAAGAGCCAACUCCUGGUGGUCGGAUGAAAUGAAACAGAUGAAGGCAAGGGUAAACUCGGCAGAGAGGAAGGCGAGAAAUAUCAGGAAACCCAACCACGUGGAGGAGCACCGGAAGGUAUGCAGAGAAUGGACAGUCAUGAUCCGGAAGGCAAAAGCGGACCAGCGGGAAAAGAAGUUGAAUGAAGCGAAAGGUAGUGAGGUCUGGAGGACUCUAAAUGCAGGAAGGAGAAGAGACACAAUCAUACCAACCAUACAAGGUGAAGAAACGUUUGCAGGGAAGUGUCAAGCUCUAAGAGCCCAACUCUUCCCAUCAAAACGGACGUCCCCCGACCAUCCCCCCCUAAACAUUAGACCCCCCUCUUUUGACCUUAGCAAUACGUUCGACACAGUCACCCCCGAAGAACUCAGGAAAGCAAUUGACUCCUACCCAACGCACUCGGCGACCGACCCAGAUGGCAUCCCCUAUACCUUCAUCAGAGCAAUAGUCAAAGCGAACACAACUCUAAUCCAAGACAUGUUCUCCGCCAUGCUUCGGCACGGAGUACAUCCAGCGGAAUGGAAAGUUGCAAAGUGCAUCCCGAUCCCGAAACCCGGCAAGGCAAACUAUCAUGAAGCAAAAGCCUACCGGCCCAUCUCCCUUCUACAAUGCUUCAGUAAGAUCCUGGAGAAAAUAGUGGCUCAAAGACUCUACACCGCUGGAGAAAUCCUAGGCACACUCACAGCGAACCAAUUCGGAGGAAGACCAACCAUCUCAGCAAUCGACGCCCUUUUAAGAACCCUAACACCAGUACAACAAAACCUACUUCUGAAGAACAGCACCGGAGUCGCCCGGAGGGACAGACCAGCGAUCUUAACCAACGAUAUUCAGGGAGCAUUUAACUGUGUUGACCACCUACUCCUCGCAGAAAUCAUGCACCAGCAAAAAUUCCCCACCUACCUUACGGAAUGGUGCAAGGAAUUCAACACCGGCAGGAAACUACAGUUCCAAUUCAACCAUGAACUAGAGGAACCACAGCCCUAUGAAUCCGGAGUCCCGCAAGGUAGCCCCAUGUCCCCAAUACUAUUUAGGAUCUAUGCCGGAGUAAUCCUGGACCCAACAAACAACCCGAAAGAGAUGGACACGACAUACAUCGAUGAUGAUGCGCUGGUGCAAAUAUCCAAAACACCAGGUUUCAUAAUCAAAAGAAUGGAGGAACGAAUGAGAGAGAGAUUAAUAAAAGCCGGCCCACUCCAAAUCAAAUACGACCCGGAUAAAUCCGACCUAAUCUUCUUCCGGCCCACUACAUCAUCCAUACAACAACCACGACUUCCGGUCAAAAUCGAUAACACCGCUAUAUACCCCAAAGAAAGGCUGAAAUACGUAGGAGUCUGGAUAGAUCCGACCCUCUCCUUCCGACCCCAUAUCGAAGCAGCGAUCGCAAAAGGCCUGAAAACAAUCCAUCACCUAGUAACACAAGGCUUUCUUCCAAGCCUGCUCUACGGAUCCGAGGCUUGGUGGACUGGCGCAGACCAUAUCAUCAGAUCCCUCGAACCACUAUACAAUGAAGCUGCCCGGGUCAUCACAGGCCUACCUCGAUGGACCAAGAGAGCUAAACUCCUCCGAGAAGCAGGACUACCCCCCCUUGAACACCUCCUGACAUACCGCUCAAGAAAGUAUGGAACUAGGAUACUCUGCACCGAUGCAACCCACCCCAACAAUGAAUCCCUGAUCGAUCUCCUCCCAUACAGAGAAGCAAAUAUCAAAGGGACAGGCUGUGAGGGAUGCGUAGAAGUCUCCAAGGUCUCUUCAGUCAACGUCGAGUAUGAAUCUCCUUGA